AUGGGUAGCCUAUUCCUAGAGCAAAUUAAAAGGCAGACAACAACUUUCCUUCAAGAAAAGUACAAAUCUGCUAGGAUGACAUUUACUGAUGUUACUGAAACUGAAUUGCUGGCUGAGGAAGCAACAAAUAAGGAUGAUUGCAGUCCUGAUGCCAAAACUAUGACUAGAAUUGCCGAGGCAUCCUUUGACAUAGAUGAAUAUUGGAGGAUUGUUGAUGUUCUUCAUCAGAGGCUCUACAACAUCGAUUGGGAACAGUGGAGGCAAUCUUACAAAGCACUAGUUCUUCUGGAAUUCUUGCUGACCCAUGGUCCUAAAGAGUUUGCUCAAGAAUUUCAAUGUGAUGCAGAGAUUAUUGAAGAACUAGGAGGUUUUACUCUUAUUGAUGAAAGAGGGUUUAACUGGGGAUCUAGAAUGCAGAAACUGUCAGACCAAAUACUCAAACUUUUACACAAUAGAGAAGCUCUAAAGGAAGCACGUUUGAAGGCUCUCAAAAUAACAAAUGAAAUACAAGGCUUUGGAAGUUCAGUGAACACUCCUUCAUCAUCACCUUGCUCCGUAUCUUCUGAAGCAGCAUCACCAGGCAUUUCAUCAUUUUAUUCAUUCUCUACCCCCAGAAAUGACAGUAAUGCGGCUUUCCCAUCAAAGAAUGGAAAACAACAUGUGGACAAAAACCACCGUUGGAAUGGCCCUUCAGGUGAAGAAAAAAAUGUUUUGAUUGAUUCUGAUGAGGAUGAAUAUUUGGCAAAACCAAAAGGAUUUGUGAGUGAAAUCUGCUCAAAGAUUGUUGGUAGCAAUCCCCCAAUAGUAGGAAAGCGUGAAAAGAUUGGGUUCAGAUGCAUCUCUGAUGUUGGGAGCAAGGUGACUAAAAAGAAAUUUGAUCGCCAAUAUUCCCUUUGGUUCUAA